GAUCAUACGCUUCUGCAUGGCAAAUUCUGAAUCCAGUGAAAACAACAAGUUUAAAAUCUGACUCCAACCGAUAGUAUUAUUUUAUUGCCAAUUCUCACGUAUCGGGGAAAAAAAAGAGAGAGAAGUGGAGACUGAGUCACCGGGGCUUCCAGGCGACGAGGCCGAGCGCCUUGCACCACGUCUGUCCCAGCUGAGGAGUCUGCCGCAGAGUCGGGAGACGCCGCCGCUCAGGCUCACCUGGGCCGGGCUGCACGGCACCAUCUUUCUGACUUCCGGACGGGCGCCGCGCGCGGCUCCCAGCCCUCCCGCCGAGCACCGCCGACCUGCGCAGAGCAAACGCCGCGCAGCCAAGAAGGCGCGGAGUCGGACGCGCCAGCCCUGCCGUAGGGCACGCCGGAACCGGCAGGCCGGAAGCUGGAGCAGGCGGCGGUAGCGCCGGGCCGGAAGCGGGGGGGCGCGUUUCUUGGCGACGACAUGAGUGGGGCGCGGGAGGCGCUGCUCGCCCUGCUGCUGGCGGCGGUGGCUGAGAGCGGCGGGCCAGGGGCCGCGGCUGAGCUCACCGCCGGGAAUUCGCGCGAGUCGGCGGCUCCGCGUCGAGCCUCUGCUGCCCGCGCGGCCCGCGGCGGCGCCCGGAGCUCCCUCCUCGCUGCCAGAGGUUUACCCGGCCGCCCGCCUGCCGCCGGUAGUUCGUACCGCCUCGUCGGCAGCAGGUCUGUGAAUCAAGUAUGUGUGGAAAAAUCAUUCAUAUUCAGAGCUAAUAUUCCUUACCAUACUGAUACCAUUGCUGUCUCUGAUGGACCUGAUUUGUUCUGUGUGCAGCUGGAGAACCCAAAAUUGAACUAUUUCCAACAGCCAAGGCAUAUCAAAGAAUCUGAUUUUCUGAAGCUCUUGAGGAAGUAUGGCAGGCACUCUUUCUUAGCGCAGUCACAAGUCCAGCCAUCAUUCUCUGCAUUUUACCGAGCUGGUGAUCCAAUCCUAAUCUACUUUGAUUCGUUAUCUAUACUGAGUGUUCUUAGACAGCCCGUAAAAAUGGGAGUCAGUGGACUUUGUGUAGAUGGAAAUCCAGCUGGCUUCCUGGAAAGUGAAAGCACAAGCUGUACUCGCAUUUUCACAAACCUGAGCAGGAGCUGUGUCAGUGACCCUGCUCUAAAUGCUGCUUCCUACUACCGUGACUUUGCAGUACUAAAGGUUCCGAUCAAUGACACCAUUGCAGAGUCCAUGAAGGUAAGGAUCAGCCCAGUUGGACCACCUGGAGCUCCCUACAUGGAAGAUAAUACGUGUAACAAUGCUGUUUCUGAAGUGAUCUAUGAGAUAGAAUUUAAUGGUACCCAUGGGAUUCAGAGUGUGUCUGUCCAGUUCAAAGUGACGAGCAUCUCUGGGAGCUCUGGAUUCUCACUGCAGCAGCACUUCACUUUGCGUUUUUGGACCAGGAUGCUUUCUCAUACACUGCCUAGAAGUGGAAACCCUGGUUAUAUCACUGGAGCACCACUACUGAUUGCAAAUGGUAGUGCAGUGCAGCACAUGAGCAUUCUGCAGAGCGAAGGUGAUGGCAGUUGCUCACAGUUUCUGAGACAUACAGUACGAUUUGGAAGCAAUAUGAGAAUUGGUUGCAAACUCAGGCUAACUCAAAUGGAAGAAAGUAAUUGCAGUUACAUCCAGCUGAAGUUAUAUAAGGCUUUUCAGGGGAUGAACCAAGCAGGGGAUCUUGCUAUAAUUGGUAGUGCUCGUUCAACCCAAGAAGAAGAGUGGUUGGCCAUUCUGAUCCAGAACUGCAGUGUACAGACUAAGAAUUGCAGUUCCUGUUGCAUGAUUCCUGUGACCCUGGAUGUACAGAUAUUGUGGACUAAGAUGGGUCUCCUGUCCAAGCCACAAGCUCAAAUAUUGGGUGUACGGUACUUUUAUCAGUGUCAACCCCUAAAGUCCCUAAGCACGAGCUUGGUGCCUUUGACAACUGUUGUUACCUUCACUGACAUGACAGAAUGGCCAGAACCUCCACGUGGCCUGCCGAAAGUACACUGGAAACUCCCAUUUGACUUUUUUUUUCCAUUCAAGAUGGUACUGAAUAUUGAAAGAAGUUACAGAGAUGAUUUGACUGCCUUUUUUGUUGUGAUUAUAAUAUUGUCUAGUAUUCUCUGCUUUUGAAGAGAGUCAAAUAGAUGGGACCUGUAUAACUAAAGUUCACUUACUGAACUUUAAGUACAUUUGUGGUGUGAUACAGAUCAUAAACUGUUUUCAUCAGAUUCUUAUACUGUCUAUCAUAUCUUAAGUGCCUUCUGUUGAUGGAUUAAUGCACUUGAUUAGUUUC